GAUGACUCCAUGAUGAUGUAAACAAACAGUGAUGGAGGCUCGGUGGGGCGUCACGUUGGUCUUCCUGCUGAUCUUCCUCUACUUUCCUAACUCUUGCAAGAAGUUUCAAGAGGAGGAGAAGCCUGCAUGGGCUAAAAAGGACAUCAGGGAUUACAAUGAUGCCGACUUGGAGAGGUUACUGGAUCAGUGGGAGGAAGAGGAAGAGCCACUGCCAGAGGAUGAACUUCCAGAGCAUCUCAGACCUCAGCCUAAGCUACAUUUUGAUCCCUCGAAUAUUGGAGAUCCAGAAGAACUCCUAAAAAUGAGCAAGAAGGGUCGUACACUGAUGAUGUUUGUUCAAGUUAAGGAAGAGUUGAGUCCUGAACAGGCUGAAGAUGUUACAAAGCUCUGGCAGGGUUCCCUGUACAACAACCACAUACAAGCAGAGAGGUAUAUGGUGGAUCAACGGCGGGCAAUUUUCAUGUUUAAAGAUGGUGCUCAAGCCUGGGAGGCUAAAGACUUCCUAAUAGAGCAGCAGGAGCUGAAAGAGUGUUCGAUGGAGAACAAGGUGUAUCAUGGACGCUUUACUCCUGAGGGACAGGAAGAAUACAGAAAAACUGCUAAAAAGAAGCCAAAGACUAAAUCAAAGAAAAAGAAAGAAGAGUUAUAAUUAUGGACUGGUUUACAGUAAGGGCUUUAUAGUGUUUGCACAAGUUUUAUCCUGGUUUAUAAUUAACAUCUUUGUUAUAGCACUUUUCCUUGGCUUCUGUUGUCUGUUAAAGUAGGGGUAUGUGCUAAAGUUCAAACCAGGGAAUAGAUGAAGUUUGAACCAAUACCAAGUAAAUUCUAAAACCCCACCCAUUCCCUGGUUUGUUUGCAAAGGUGUUAUUACAGUUUUGUGAGGUGUGCUAAAGUUCACUUAAUAAUUUAAGGCACUUGUUAUUAUGGAUGGUUGUCCAUAUUUGACAAGAGUAUAAACAAUGUUAGUAAGUUAUUUAACUGUAAUAAUUUUGUAUUAAUUAACAUGCUGGUUUUCCAUCUUCACAUAUUUGGUUUUACAUGACUGAAUUCUGGUAUAAUUUUUGAAGGGCCUACAUAUUUAGGCUUUGUGAAAGUGACAGACUGGUGUAUGUUUGUAAUAAAGACUUCAUUUAUUA